GGCAUCGACCUGUUUAACAUAAGAGACAGGAACAGAAAGCUAACACAGGUCAAGGUAAUGGCAUUGGAGGAAACGCAUAAAACCCUUGGCUUGCAUGAAUGCUUGUGCAAGAAGACUGGAAUGACUGAACUAAACCCAAGCAGCAUCUGAAACUGCGAAACAGAAGUAAAAUAUAACAAAUACAGCAAAAAUGGAAUGCCUUCUAUGUCUCCUGUUAAUGAUUGCAAUUGCACUCGCAUUGCUGUACCUUAAAAGAAAAAUUCACAAGCCUUUGGACACCAGGCCCCCAAGUCUGCCCUGUUUUCCUAUUAUAGGGAGCCUCCUCAGUCUACGCAGUCAUCUUCCGCCGCACAUACAUUUUCAGGAAUUGCAGAAAAUGUACGGCGCCGUCUAUUCACUUAUGAUGGGCGCUCAUCAUCUGAUCAUCAUCAACGACCAUCAGCACGCCAAAGAAGUACUUCUUAAGAAAGGAAAAAUAUUCGCUGGGAGACCAAGAACCGUGACUACUGAUAUCUUAACAAGGGACGGCAAAGACAUCGCAUUUGCCGAUUACAGUUCCACCUGGAAAUUUCACAGAAAAAUAGUUCACGGUGCGCUCUGCAUGUUUGGAGAAGGAUCUUCUUCAAUUGAAAAAAUAAUCUGCAGGGAAGCAAGCUCGAUGUGCAAGACGCUGGAGGACUUGCAGAGCACCGCUAUCGACCUCGCUCCAGAGCUGACCCGCGCUGUCACCAACGUGGUCUGCUCUCUGUGCUUCACGUCCUCCUAUGAGCGUGGGGACCCAGAAUUUGAAGCCAUGCUUAGGUACAGCCAGGGAAUAGUGGACACUGUAGCCAAAGACAGCCUGGUGGACAUCUUCCCCUGGCUACAGAUAUUCCCUAAUAAAGAUCUCAAAAUCCUAAAGCAAAGUGUAGCCAUUAGAGACAACCUUCUGCAGAAGAAGUAUGAGGAGCACAAGGCAGAAUACAGCAAUGAUGUUCAACGAGACCUGCUGGAUGCUCUGCUCCGGGCCAAGAGCAGUUCAGAGAACAACAACACCUUAAUCCAGGGAGUGGGGCUUACUGAUGACCACCUACUCAUGACUGUUGGAGAUAUCUUUGGGGCUGGAGUAGAGACCACCACCACAGUACUUAAAUGGUCCAUAGCAUACCUGAUACACAACCCACAGGUCCAGAAAAAGAUCCAGGAAGAGCUGGACUGCCAAAUCGGCAUGGAGAGACCCCCCAGUCUGAAUGACAGGGGUAAACUGCCUUACCUGGAAGCCACCAUCAGGGAGGUUCUGCGGAUUCGGCCGGUGUCACCGCUUCUCAUACCUCAUGUUGCCCUCACAAACUCCAGUAUCGGCGAGUAUACAGUUCAGAAAGGAACCCGAGUCAUCAUUAAUCUCUGGGCCCUGCAUCACGAUGAAAAAGAGUGGAAAAACCCCGAUCACUUUGAUCCCGGCCGCUUUCUGGAUGAAGAGGGAAAUACCGUGUGCUCCCCGUCCCCCAGCUUCCUGCCAUUCGGGGCUGGGAUACGGGUGUGUCUCGGGGAAGCCCUGGCUAAAAUGGAGCUCUUCCUCUUCCUGUCCUGGAUCCUGCAGCGCUUUACACUGGAGGUGCCACCCAACCAGUCCUUGCCUGACCUGCAGGGGAAAUUUGGGGUGGUCCUGCAGCCUCAGAAGUACAAAGUUCAUGCCAAACUCAGAGAUGGCUGGGUCAAAAAAUGAACCCCAAACUAACUUUUUCUACAGAAGCCCAGUACAGAUGAGGAUGAGUGAAAUGGAAUCAAAGUAUCCCCUUCAUUUUACAAACCCAGUUUUUUUUUUUUAUAUAGGAUCUUGGGUUUAUCACACGUGUUUUAAAAUUAAAACAAAAAAUAUUUAAAGUGUAACUGUGUAAAUGACUGUAUAUUAAAAUAUUAAAAGAAUAUAUACAGCACAAUGUUCAUAUAUACUGUGCAUUCACUAAGCACAUAAUGGAAACUCAUACAUUAAUUGCCAGUUACAUAGCUGCAUCACAUCACUAGUAGUAUUUACUAUUAUUUUGUUGUUUUUAAUAAUUUUGAAAGUAAUGUAUGCUGCAGUCUACCUUAGGACUGCUUUUCCUGUAUUAGUGUCUUAAAUCUAGGAUUUACUCUAGCAGUCUGUCAGCUUUAUGGCACCUGCCUAAAAAUCUGCUCUCAAUUGACCAAAGUCUCAUUUCAUGUGUAUCAAACAAGGAGCCUUAAUACAAUUUAGCUGAUAGGUAAGACAAACAAUAUUAUAGCAAAUGUGUGAACUGUGUAUUCGUUUAGUGUGGUGUAUAUUAAAUAUAAUGCCUUGACAGUUCAA